AUGGAGCCUGACAUGGCGGUAGAGCUCGUUGCCAAAAAUCACCUUUUGGAAGAUGAAAAUGUCUAUAUUUCAGUUUUCAUCGGUGAUGAUGAUGCUUCGUCUAUUGCGGCUAUGCGUCAAGAAGUGACGUACACGAUUGAAAAAUGGUCCGAUAUCAAUCACGCAAAAAAAAACCUAAGUAACGAUCUGUACGCAAUUUCUCUACCUAAACGACUGAUUGACUACUUUACUAGAGCCUUUACCUAUGCUCUGCAACAAAACAAGGAUAAAGUAGAGGAAACAAAAGUUGCGUUACUAAACAUUGUCAAUCAUGCGUACGAAAACGAAAUUCUUUACGUCCACAAUGGAUUACCAAAUGGGGAGCCACUUACCGAUCCGAAUCUACGUGCUAAAUUGACACCUAUAUUCGAAAAGUAUGCAAAGAAUGCAAAUAAAUUAGCACCUUGUGGUUCUUCCCAACCGAACGAGUCGUUUAACAGCAUCGUGGCCAGCAAACACCCUAAAAAUAAAUUCUAUGGUGCUUCAGAGUCAAUGCCAUUCAGAGUAGCUGCUGCGGUCUGCAAAAAAAAUACGGCACAUCAUAUAUCCUCAAAGUAUAUGAAAAACUUUGCCUAUCGCCUGGGAAAAAUACUGAACCGUUUCGGCACGCCAAGGAUGCAGAAAGGGCGAAAAACGCUAUUAAAAGACGCAGCAUUGCUUUCAAGCAACAGCGACUUUUUAGCAAGAAAAAGAGGUCGGCUCAAAAUGCUAGCGCUAAAAAACAAGAGGGAAUCACAUACGAAUCGGAAUAUGCAAUGUCAGCAGGAACACAGUUUUCCUUCGACCAGCUAG